CAGCCAAGUCGCUGCAGUUUUAGGAAGAGAGUUACUGCCGGUUCUCCCACUGUCACUAACAUGCGGGAUUACGAUGAAAUCACCGCUUUUCUCGGAGAGUGGGGACCUUACCAGAAAAUUAUCUUCUUCCUUUUGAGCAUCAGCAUUUUGCCCAAUGGUUUCUGCGGAAUGUCCAUAGUUUUUGUCGGGGAUAUUCCUGAACACCGCUGUUUCAUUCCCGGGAACCUCAACCUCAGUGAAGCGUGGAUGAACCGCACGAUCCCUCUGGAACAAGACAAGGAGAAACUCCAGUACAGCAAAUGUAGACGGUACCGGUUGGAUGUGAUCAAGAACCUCUCGGAGAUAUUCCCUGACCCGGAUUCCGUCAAUAUUUCUGAGGUGGGACAGGAGCCCUGUUUGGAUGGAUGGGUGUACAGUAAGGAGCAGUACAUCUCCACCAUCGUCAGCGAGUGGGAUUUGGUGUGUAAUGAUGACUGGAAAGGACCAUUUGUUAUGUCUGUAUUCUUCAUGGGAGUGCUGGUUGGUUCUUUGUGUUGUGGACAGUUAUCAGACAGGUUUGGGAGAAAGAUAGUUCUGUUUGGAACUAUGGCUCUACAGAGUGGAUUCAGCAUAGUUCAACUGUUCUCUCCAAACUGGGAAAUAUUUUGCUUUCUAAAUUUCCUUGUGGGCUUUGGACAGAUUUCAAACUAUGUCGCUGCAUUUGUUCUUGGAUCAGAACAUUUGAGGAAAAACAUUCGGGUUAUAUUCGGGACAGUAGGAAUUUCCAUUUUUUAUGCCGUUGGCUAUAUGAUCCUGCCUUUGAUUGCAUAUUUCCUAAGAAGCUGGCGAAUAUUGCUUUUCACACUGUCUCUCAGUGGCCUAGUGUAUAUCCCUUUAUGGUGGUUUAUUCCUAAAUCUCCACGCUGGCUGAUUUCAAAGGGGAGGAUACAAGAGGCUGAAGCAAUACUCCAAUAUGCUGCAAAGAAAAAUGGUGUCAAUCCACCAGUGAUGCUCAUUAAUGAUCUUAAGCUUGAAGUUAUGAGACAUGAAAAAAAACAUUAUUCGGUUAUUGACAUGUUUAGAAACCGGAACAUGCAAGCCAUUGGUGUCAUAAACAUUGUAGUAUGGAUGUUUACUUCAGCUGGAUACUUUGCUCUGUCUUUGAGCACACCAAAUCUCCACGGUGAUGACUAUUUGAACUGUUUCAUCUCUGCUGUAGUCGAAGUUCCAGCCUAUGUAACUGCUUGGCUUUUUCUCCAGAGAUCUUCCCGAAGGUUCAGCCUUUCAGGAUCACUUUUUCUUGGUGGAGCUGUCCUUUUCUUCAUUCGCCUCAUGUCUUCAAAUCUCUCAGUAUUUUCCACAGCACUGGUGAUGAUUGGCAAAUUUUGCACCACGAUUGCUUUCGCCAUUCUUUAUGUUUACACUGUGGAGUUGUAUCCAACCACGAUAAGAAACCUUAGUGUUGGAGUGAGCUCCAUGUUCUCUAGGGUGGGUUCCAUCUGUUCACCUUACAUUUUUUAUCUUGGUAUUCAUUAUGAUUUCCUGCCUUAUAUUCUGAUUGGAGGUUCGACUGUGUUUUCAGCAAUCCUGGUCUUAUUCCUGCCUGAAACACUCAAUGUUCCUCUCCCAGAAACCAUUAACCAGAUGCAGAAAAUUAAGGGGACCAAUUGUGUAAAUACUCAGAACUCAAUUUCAUAAAACAGGAGAACACACUACAAUGGUCAAUAAUAAGAAGGAGAUUUAUCCCAGCUUUGGGAACUGAUUGGCAGAAACAGAGAAGUGGACAUUCAUUUACUGACAGUCUGCGUUAUGGACUACUACUGUCUUAGAGUCAUAGGCCCAUACAACAUGGAAACAAAACCUUCAGUUUAACAAGGCCGUGCUGAACAUAAUCCCAAACUAAACUUGACCUACCUGCCUGCUCCAGGCCCAUAUGCCUCCAAACCUUUCCUAUUCACGUAUUCAUCCAAACAUCUUUUAAACAUUAUAACUGUACUUCCUCAGGAAGUUCAUUCCACAUGCAAACCGGCCUCUGUUAAAACAUUUGCCUAUGUCUUUUCUAAAUUUCUCUCCUCACUUUAAAAAUGUGCCCCCUAAUCUUGAAAUUCCCCAUCUUAGGGAAAAGACAACUACCAUCAACUCUAUUUAGAUCUCUCAAACUUUUGUAAACUUCAUUCAGAUCACCUCUCAACUUCCUAACCUCCAGUGGAAAAAUAUCCCAGUCUAUCCAGCCUUUUUUUAUAAGUCAAACCUUUCAUACACAGCAACAUCCUGGUAAAUCUCUUCUGAGUCCUGUCCAAUUUGAUAAUAUUCUUCCUAUAACUGGCCAACCAGAACUGGACACUGGUGAGGCCUCUUCUGGAAUACAAUGUCCCGUACAACCUCAACAUAACAUCCCAACCCCUAUACUCAAGAGGACUAAGCAAUGAAGACAAGCGUGCCAAAUGCCUUUUUAACCACCCUGUCUAUAUGAGAUACAAGCUUUGAAUAAUUAUGCAUCUGCAUACCUAAGUGCCUUUAUUCUACAACACUACCCAAGGCCCUACUAGUUUUAUAAGCCCUACACUUGCUUGUUGUACCAAAAUGCAUUACCUCGCAUUUAUCCAAAUUGAACGUGAUCUUCCAUGUUUCAGCCCAUUGACCCAUUUGAUCAAAAUCCUUUUGCAAUGUCAGAAAACCUUAUUUACUGAAAUGCCACCAAUUUUGGUGUCAGCCACAAACUUACUAAGCGUACCUUCUAUAUUCUCAUCCAAAACACUUAUAUAAAUGAAAAAUAAAAGAGGAUCCAGAACCGAUCCCUGCGGAACACUGCUGGUCACAGGCCUCCUCCAAAAGGCAACCCUCCACCAUUUCUCUGUUCCCUGCCAGUAAGCCAAUUACGUAUCAAUUGGCAAGUUCACCCUGAAUUCCACGUGGCCUGACUUGAUGAAUUAGUCUACCGUGCGGAACUUUGUCAAAGGCAUUACUAAAAUCCAAAUAAACAAUGUUCACUGCUGUGCUUUUGGUAACUUCCUCAAAAACUCAAAUCAAGUUUGUGAGACACUAUUUUCCUUGCACAAAAUCAUGUUGACUAUCCCAAAUCAUUUUUUGUCUCUCCAAAUGUCCCUAAAUCCUAUCUUUUAUAAUCACCUCCAACAAUUUACCCACAACUGAAGUCAGACUCUAAGGCCUAGAGUUCUCCAGUUUCUCCUUACAACCUUUCUUAAACAGAGGUACAAGAUUAGCCACCCUCCAGUUAUCAAGCACCUCACCCGUAUUUGUAGAUGAUGCAAAUAUUUCUGUAACGGGUCUCAACUUCCUCCCUUACUUCCCACAAAGUUUUGGGAUAUCAGAUUAGGUCCUGGAGAUUUAUCCACAUUUAUAUUGUCCAAGACCUCCUGAAAUUCCUCUUCUGUAAUGUGAAGAUUAUUCACUUAGUAUCUCUCCUAUUCCUGGGGUUCAACACGAAGACAACCUCCUUGAUCUUUAACAGGCCCUACCCUCCCUCCAGUUACUCUUUUGGUCUCAAUGUAUUUGUAAAAUCUCUUUGGAUUAUCCUUAAUCAUAUCUGCCAAUGCUAUCUCAUAUUCUCCUUUGUCUUACUGAUUUCUCUCAAAAAUGCCCUUAUUCAAAGAUUCAAA